AUGGACCCGAAACUGAUCGAUGCCCCGAGCCCCAUAACGUCGUCUGUAUUUCUCCCCCUUGGGCGACGUAGGUCGAGGGCGUCCAUGACUACCACUCAGACUGAAAGAGAAAACAUACACACAGCUCUCGACCAGAUUCACACUACGGCAUGUCAAUCCGACUCACUUACGCUUUUCAACGAAUUUACAGCCCCACCUGCACCAGCAUCGGCAGCAGAUGAAAAAGGACUAUCAGAAGAACUCCAUGGAGGCCUCAGUGGCUUAUAUACCCGGUUCAGGACGUCAGUUGGGGGGAUGAGGGAUAUUGUGGGCGGCGGAACACGAUCUACUGAUAAAACUUGGACGGAUAGCGCUUCAGUUAGAAGCCCAGCCUCGGAGCGUUCCAUGAAGAAGUCAGUCUCUGAUUUGCCGACUAGCUCGAUUGAUCAUCAACAGUCGCACCCCAACUCUUCUCAAGGUUCACGUCUUCAUUCCCCGGUGGCGACGAAUUUCCAGGUUAGCCAAGAAGCAGCAACGCAGCCAGGUACCACUAAAGGCUCCAAAAGAUCUUCCAAGAGCGCUAGCAUAUCUUCCAAGACCUCUAUAUCGGCAUCCCCGGCAGUCAAGCCGAACAUCGCACCACUGACCAAGUCCACCGGUAGCUCUAUGAUAGCUGCCGAUUCUGCCAAUGUCCAGUUACACGUGAACACCACUGGCCAAAAUCGACAGUCUAGAAGUAGUUCUGUUAAUGUUUCUCACCAAGGACCUAAGAAUGCAGAAUCCGCUAGUCUUGAUAGUAAAGACGGUCCCAUGGAGGUAUCCUUGAGCCAAAGCGCCUCUGUACUGAGCCAAAAUCGCUCCCAUUCUCCAGUGCUAUCCAUCAGGACACAUGAAAGCCUCCAUGAAGAACAUAAUCCUUUGGAGAGGGGUAGUUCUUUCACCUCGAUCAAUAAACCUUCAGAUGUUCAAGGUAGGAAGUCUGUGUCUGCAGCAGGUCAAUCAAGGCCCUCGGACGAUUCUUCCAUACCAAGUGCGCCACGAAAUUCAAAAGCCACAGACCCUAACCACGACCCUGAGACGCAAAGUCGAAACAGCAGGUCAAAUUCUCGCAUCUCUCUGGGACAAGACGACCCGAAAGCAUACCCAGCAUCAAAUUUUACCGCGAAACCCUUGCAGGAUAGUGGAUCGACGUCUGACAAAACUGCCUCCGUAUCCCACGGAGGAAAUGAACCGAAAGAGCCACCGAUUGCAUCUGUCGCCUCAAACACAGCUGAAACUUCAAAGCCAGCCCCGAUCAAAAAUCGAUUACCAGGGCAUGGGGUAUCUCGAGCAUCCACGGCUGAAACGACAACAACCGUGUCCUCCCUACCACCACUGAAUACAGCCCUUGACAAAAUCCCAAGUCAAGUUCCACGUGAACGUCGUGACGGGCCUUCUCGAGAUGGUAUGCUAUCACAGCUAGGAAGCAAGUUGCUAAGUAAAGACUUUUGGAUGCGCGAUGAAAAUGCCAAAGAUUGCUUUCAUUGCGGAGAGCCAUUUACGACAUUUCGCAGAAAACACCAUUGUCGUACCUGUGGCCAGAUAUUCGAUUCAAAAUGCACACUCCCCAUACCCGGAACUCGUUUCGGGCAGCCCGGCUCGAUUCGUGUUUGCAAGCCUUGCGAAGCGAUGAUUAACGCGCAUGAUGAUGACUCCUCGGAGUUCUCUGACAGCGAGCAAAGUCCUAUUGCUAUGAAUCCCCGCGUUUCCGAGUUGAGCUGGAGUAAUAGCGCUCGUCAGUCUGUGGAUGACGAUGACUCAUCCUCCGUGAUAUCUCAAUCGAUUGACCAUGUCCUCAAAACUCCAACAAUGGCCAUCCCGGCAACACGACGUGCAGGUGAGGGUCAGCGCUCGGCUGUGCUCGAAAUCAACCCAGACCGUCCUUUGGCUCGGCCGAAUUCCUCUCGAUCUUUGAGAUCUUCACUGGGAGGCAGGCCGCAUUCAAUGGGCCACAAGAGGCACCCCUCUCGGCAACAGUAUAUUCGAAGCUUCAAGCCAUACCAUGAUGAUCGAGCGCCGUUUCAACGCCGCCAUGCAGACGAGUUCACCCCAGAGUCUCGACUGCCCGCAUUCCACAAAGACAAUAUCAUUGACCCAGAUCUGGCUCAAUACCUUUCAGAUGAUGCUUCAAGUGGUGACGAGCAGCCAAGUCUCCUGGCGGCUGUUGCAGAAACCCACUUCUCUAAAAGUGGCGAAGAUCGAGAACGAGUCCCUUAUGGGGGUUUUCUAGCGGCCAUGAAGAAAGGAAGGUCUGCAUUCGGAGACCGAAGUGUCCAUAGUAUCAAUCAUACUGGUCGCGAUGCGGACGAAGUCAGUAUCAGCAGUUCGAGGGCAGUGAACCUUCCACGUCCCUCUCGUCACAGGAAUCUGAGUGUGGCAAGUAGCGCUCAUCGACAAUCACCUAGAGCAUCCAAGGACAUGUUUCACCUCCAUGAUCUCCCAAUUGGCAGUGUACCUUUCGCUGGUGCUACAAAUCAGGCUGUAAAUCAGUCCGGGUUUAAACAAAUCAGAAGUUCGUCGAUGAGAGGGGUUAGGGCGCCGCCGGUUGAGCUCAAUAAAGCUAGCCGGGGACAUGUGCGAAAGCUUCUACAACAACUUCUGACAAUGUCUGCCGUGUCAAAUGCCGAUAGCUGGGAGAAUGCACUCAUGCCAAUACUGUUAAAAGCAGCCGAUGAGGUGGACCCAGAUGUUCAACAAGGAGAUGACAUGGACAUUCGUCACUACGUCAAAUUGAAAAAGAUUCCAGGCGGCAGACCCGGCGAUACGUCCUAUGUCUCAGGGUUGGUGUUCACCAAAAACCUAGCUCUGAAGAGCAUGCCACGAAAUAUCUUACGCCCAAAUAUUUUGAUUAUCACAUUUCCCCUCGAAUAUGCCCGUCAGCAACAGCAUUUCAUGAGCUUGGAGCCUGUCAUCCGCCAGGAGCGUGAAUUUCUCGAGAAUCUCGUCAGCCGAAUUGCAGCUCUGCGCCCAAAUAUACUCCUCGUUGAAACCAAUGUGUCCGGCUUAGCCCUCGGCCUUCUUGAACAGGCGGGCAUUGCAACUGCAUAUAAUGUGAAGUCAUCUGUCCUCGAGGCGGUUUCACGAUGUACACAAACUCGGAUUGUCACAUCGAUGGAUAAGCUUCUAACAACGGCUUUACAUAGCGAUUGCCGUAGCUUUGACGUCAAAACCUAUGUUCAUCGUGGUCGGAAAAAGACAUAUAUGUACAUAUCUGGCUGCCCGAAGGAACUUGGAUGCACUAUCGUUUUACGCGGCGGGGAUGAAGAAACUCUCGGGAAGGUCAAAGAAAUUACAGAAUUUAUGAUCUAUGUCGUAUACAACCUGCGACUUGAGACCUGUCUCAUGAGAGAUGAGUUUGCAAAGCUUUCGUCCUCAUUCUCGGAUGACCCAAAGCUAAUAACGACUGACCAAGGGGAUCAAACAAUGAAUUGCAACGCUGGCACUAACGCGACUGCCUCGCAACCGUUAGCCAUGGUCGACAAAUCUUGUGUUCCAAUCCAGGAAAACAAGGCUCUUCCAGCCGCCGAUGCGACUGCCGAUGUUCCUGACGAUGUCCCAAUGCCGACAUACUUCGAUGACAUGGUACACGAUCACAAAACAAUAAUAUUGUCGGCUUCACCUUUCGUUAAGUUUGAACCUCCAUAUCUACUCAUGCGUACCAGAGAAAUGGAACGACGAUUGGCGUAUCUGAAGCGUCUGCGUGAUCAGGAUGGAUACUCCGAACAAAGUGCCGAGGAAAAAGCCAAGCCGCAAAAGUUCACACUUAUCACCCCUGAAAUGGUUCAUGAGUCCCCUCAUGAUGCUUCUCCACAGGUCAAAGAAGUACUACGCGCAGCCCAUGAUGCUGAGUAUGAUAGAGUUCUAUACCACUACCAAACUCAGAAGCGGCAAUGGGAAGCAUAUGUAUCAGGGGCAACCAAUAUGUUCGACCCGUAUGCGCACCAAAACAUCGUGGUUCUUUACAGUCUUGUAUGCACCACCACGUCUAUUCCUUGUUCCGGGCCAGACAGUUUUGCUCUGGAAUUUUAUAACGAGCAUGGAGAUGACACCAUCUAUGAGCCGGAUUGCACGAUUGGGCAGUAUGUCGAAGAUCUCUGUCAUACAGCUAAUGCCGUCUGCACUGCCAAUGGGUGUGAAAAGCGCAUGUUUGAGCAUCAUCGCCAAUAUGUGCACGGUGAUGCACAGAUCAGUGUACUUGUUCAGCCAUACCAGUCCAAACUCCGAGGAAUGCAGGACAGCAUACUCAUGUGGAGUUGUUGCAAGAUUUGUGGGAACGAAACUCAGGUGACACCAAUGUCCGAAAAUACAUGGAAAUACUCAUUCGGAAAAUACUUGGAAGUAUCAUUCUGGGGCAGAAACCUACAUGCCCGUGCUGGGGUUUGCCCUCAUGACUUGCAACGAGAUCAUUUACGCUACUUUGGUUUCAAAGAUCUUGCCCUUCGUAUUCAAUAUGAUACUGUCCACUUACUGGAGGUUAUUGUGCCCCGGCCACGUGUCACAUGGAAAGUAGACAACGACUUGAAGUUGAGAAAUGAGGUCUACUUGAAAACGGAACGACGUCUAAGCAAAUUUAUGCUUUCCGUGCAUGCACGCCUGAAUGGAAUCAAUAGUGAAAGUGUUGUUCCUGAGUUAUUCGAAGCAUGCCAAACAGAAAUUGAACGCCUAGUUAAGAAGGCGAAUGAGGAUCAAGCUGCCUUGAUUAAACUACUUCAAGCGAAAUAUAGCGGCUCUCGCUACUGGGAAAUCAUACCCCUCAAUGAAGUUCUUCGUUCAGUUCAAGAAAAGGUCGUCGAGUGGGACACUACCUUUACUGAUUUUGAGCGGGCAUAUUUCCCUUCCGAGAAAGAUAUCAAAAGGCUCGCAACUUUACAGCUCAAGAAAAUUUUUCUAGACAAAGACGUCGCGUCUGUGGCUCCAGACGAUCCGUCGCAUGCCCCAACUGAAAUGGAAGACGAGACCACUCAUGAAAACGAAAAACCAAGGCUAUUGCGUCGUAUGACGCUUUCCCCCGAGAAAGCUCAAAAUGUUCUGGUCUCCGUAGUUGAGGAACACGCAGGCAAGAAGCACCGAGAAACAGAAGAAGAGUCCGAGUUUCCUCCGCUACCUCCAUCUACGGAUGAAACAGGCAGCUCAGUCGACAAUACGGAUGCAAAGAGACCAGCCUCGCAGGAGGAAGCUGUUUCGGAACAGGAAGUUCGACAUUUAGAUUUGGCUAUUCCUUCUCCAGAGAAUUCAUCGCCUGGUCCGAAGCCACCCUUUGAGAAUUCAUUUACCAAUGCCGAAAUCCCAGGCGUUCCUUUUGAAGCCACCAGUGGCCAAAGCCUCCCAGAUUCUUCUUCACCGCCACUGUCACCGAAAUCACAUGCGCCAUUACAAGAUAACAGUAAAUCGAAGGAGGAGGCCAUACCUCGAUCACCAAGCACACCACCCAAUCGGCCAUCCGCCAUUCCGAGGUUAGCCGAAGGUGCAGUCAGAAGAUCUGGAAAAGCUCGUUCUCCGCCUUUGAUACGUGCCCAGUCUCAACCAGCACACCUUCUCAGAGAAAAACAAAGUACUGGACCUUUUGCCGGAGGGGCUAAGACCUCAUUCAACCCAAGUGAAUCAUUUGAUAGUCGUGGCAACUCCACCAAGACGGCCGAGAAGAAGUUCACCGAGAGACUCGGUUUUACUGCUUUGAAAAAUGGCCGUUUCAGCCCUGGACAUUCUCUCAUACCGCGCUCUACACCGAAGGGACGGAAUAGCACUCAAGUUUCGAGUCUUGCUAGACACUUUGAACAAUUGAGUCGUGAGUUUGAAAAAGAACGACAGCGGGAAAGGCGACAGCGAGCUGCUCGAGGUACACAGUCGCGAGCGUUCCCAUUGGCUUCCUCAAAGCCCAUUGUGGAGGUUUACAGGAAUGUUCGAGAAGCUGUGGAAGAACGUGAGCCUCCUGCUGAUGGAGAGGACCUUCUACUAUCAGUACCCCAGCAUACGCCGGAGGAGUCAAGUCGUAUCAGCGAGGGGUUUGCGGAGCAGAUUAGGCCUGAAGAAUCACCCACAAAACCUGUUUCGUCAGAAACCCCGCCAGAGUCGUUUGAGUCAGGGGGUAUUAUCCGCUCAGACUCUCAGAUCAUGUCCGAGGCUGAACUGGAUGAGAGCCCUAGCGAUGAUGAGCGCAAUACCGGUGAAGAUCUUCACCCUGUGGACUCUCAAGAGGAGACAAAGCUACCGGAGGAUGAUUCCAUGGAUUACAAGGACUUGGCCAAGCAUGAACGCACAACACUGUUGAAGAUGUUGACUAACUUUUGGUCUGAACGCUCGGCCAGCGGAUGGGCUGCUCUUGAUUACCCUCUCACUGUCAUGGACCAUGUAUUUGCGGAUUGUGACAUCAUUGUACGCGAGGAUGAGCCUAGCUCUCUUGUUGCAUUUGCACUAGAUUCUUCUGACUAUAAGGAGAAGUUGGCGAGCAUCCAGAAACGUUACGAUGAAAUGGAUGAAAAGGACGCAGGGCCUGGACAAGAGCUUGAAGUUGCCAAUGAGGCCCGAGUCGAGCGCGCUCUUUUGCGGCCUACUGGUACACAUUUGAAAUAUCAGUUCCAAGAAGGCCAAGCGAAAAUGCUUUGCAAAGUAUUCUACGCAGAACAGUUUGAUGCCCUGCGCAAAAAGUGCGGCGUGGCUGAUCGAAUUGUUGAAUCAUUAUCUCGCUGUGCCAAGUGGGAUUCCAAAGGUGGCAAAACCAAGUCCCUGUUCCUCAAGACGCUGGAUGAUCGAUUCAUUUUGAAGUCUUUAUCUCCUGUUGAGACCCAGGCCUUCCUGAAGUUUGCCCCGGCCUACUUUCAAAUCAUGUCCGAGGCUCUGUUUCACGAGCUUCCCUCCGCCAUUGCCAAGAUGUUUGGGUUCUACCAAGUCAUCAUCAAGAACCCUGCCACUGGGAUGGAGUUCAACUGGUUUUUGCUCUUAAUGGAGAACUUGUUCUAUGAUCGGAAGCCAAACCGGAUCUUCGAUCUUAAAGGCUCGAUGCGCAACCGCAAAGUAGAGAGCACCGGCGAACGCGAUGAGGUCUUGCUAGACGAGAAUAUGGUGGAUUUCAUUUACGAGACUCCUUUGUUCUCUCGCGAACAUUCUAAGAAGCUGCUCAGCCAGAGCGUAUGGAACGAUACCCUUUUCCUCGGGCGCCAAAACGUCAUGGACUAUUCGCUCAUGAUUGCGAUUGAUGACAAGCGAAGCGAGCUCGUGGUUGGAAUUAUCGACUGCAUUCGCACGUACACUUGGGACAAGAAACUCGAGUCGUGGAUUAAAGAUCGCGGAUUUGCUGGAGGUAAUCGCAACCGGCCAACCGUCACGAGUCCGAAGGAGUACAAGAGUCGCUUCCGAGAGGCAAUGGCAAGAUAUGUCCUACAAGCCCCAAGUUUCCCUAGUUGUUGGCAUCAAUUCCAAGCUAGUGCAAUGUAUCGAUACCCCCAAGGAGAGGUCUCUAAUGUGACAGAGCUAGACAUGGAUGGAAAUGCAGAAUCCAGCAUCUAG